AUGCAACUAUCUAAAAGUAUAUUACUUGCAGCGUUAGCUGCUACCCCAUCUUUGGUGAGUGCCAUGCUUCCCAUCCAUAUCAAAAACUAUAGGUUCAUUAAACCUUCUUCUGCCACAAAUAGCGAAUCCGAUAACGAAGUUUUCUUUGUGAAAGGUGUUGAUUAUCAGCCGGGAGGAUCAUCCGGCUACGAUGCUGAUUCUGAUACAGAUAUUCUUUCUGACCCUGAAGUGUGUGCAAGAGACGCCUACACCUUCCAGCAACUCGGCGUCAACACAGUGAGAAUAUACUCCUUGAACCCUGAUCUAAAUCAUGAUAAGUGCAUGACCAUCUUCAAUAACGCUGGUAUCUAUGCUAUUUUGGAUGUUAACAGUGGUAAUUACGGUGAGAGUUUAAACCGUGCUGACCCAUCUGGUACGUACGACUCUUUGUAUUUGUCAAGAGUCUUCAAAUUUAUUGACGCUUUCAAGAACUAUCCUAACGUGCUAGGAUUUUUUUCUGGUAACGAAGUCAUAAAUGAUCAAAGCGACUAUGCAAAAAUCGAUCCUCCAUACAUUCGCGCAGUUCAAAGAGAUAUGAAACAGUAUAUUUCAAAGCACGCAAACAGAAGUAUCCCAGUCGGAUACUCCGCUGCUGACAAUACCGAUUUAAGAUUAGCAACUUUCAAGUACUUACAAUGUAAUUCGUUAGAUGGAAAUAAAGUCAAUGAUGAUUUGGACAUCUCUAGGUCUGAUUUCUUCGGCCUAAACACUUAUGAAUGGUGCUCCGGCACCUCUAAUUGGGAAUCUUCCGGCUACGACAAGCUAAACUCAACUUUCGAAGAUGCUGUCAUUCCAUUAAUCUUCUCAGAGUAUGGUUGCAACACAAAUACGCCAAGAACUUUUGACGAAGUUUCUGAAGGUUUGUAUGGUGGUUUGAAGAACGUCUUCUCGGGCGGGUUGGUCUAUGAAUACACCGAAGAAGCUAAUAAUUAUGGGUUGGUUAAACUUGAUGAUAGCGGCUCCUUAACUUAUAAGGACGAUUUCGUUAAUUUAGAAUCACAAUUGAAGAACAUUUCAUUGCCAACGACAAAAGAAAGCGAACUUUCUUCAGAUUCUAUCUACAAGUGUGAUAAUAGUGCCAUCACUAAAAUCUAUUCUGGCUUUGGAACAAAUAAUUUCACUUUACCUUCUCAGCCAGCAGAGAUUGCCAACAUGAUUAAAUAUGGUGUUAAUGGUACCAACACCGGUAAAAUUUUAAGUGAUUAUGCUGUUCCAACUACUUUUAACUUUACAAUUAAAAACAAUAAAGAUGACACCGUCUCAGCCACUAUUUCCUAUGACAAGGCUAAUGCACUAAACGAACUAGACGUCACAGCCACAGCGGUCGCCAAGUCAGCCUCCACAUCUCAAUCAUCUUCUCACUCUGUUACUUCAAGCGCCAGUUCAACCUCGAGUGCCAGUUCAACUUCAAGCACCGGUUCAUCUUCAACUUCAAGCAGUUCCAAAAGUAAAGGCGUUGGCAAUAUCGUUAAUGUUUCCUUUGAUCAAUCCGGAUACGUUGCAUUAUUUGCGGGUUUAAUUUCUGCUCUUUUAUAA